AUGAUCGAAGAUGCUGUUCAACGAACUAAAAAUAGAACGAAACCAAUUCGUCAACUAUUAAAGAAAUUCCUUCAUGAUUGGUCAUUAGAUUUAGCUUCGAUGCUCGCUUAUAAUUUCUUAGUGGCAAUUUUACCGAUUGCUAUAAUAGUCUUCGGACUUAUUGGUUUGAUUCUACGAAACUCUCCAGAACAUCAAGAUGAUUUGAAAAACAAAAUCAUUCAAUCAUUUCCUACUGAUAAUACAACACAAAAUGGCAUAAAACAAAUCGUCGAUCUUGCUUUCAAUCAAUUAUCGAAUGAUGCUGGACUUAUAUUUGUUAUUGGCAUCCUUUUAGCAAUGUUCGGCUCUUCUCGACUGUUCAUUGAAAUAGAUCAAUCGAUGACAAUUAUUUAUCGUUUACCCGAACGUUCAUUUCUUCGCCAAAAUUUAAUGGCACUCGGUACUCUAUUUCUUUUGAUCAUCGUCAUUGUUUUAAUGCUUACUGCGAGCUCAGUUCCAACAGCAGUGAUGAAUAAUGUGUCCAGUGGUGGCGCUCAAUUUGGAGUUUUUCUUGCGGGGAUCGCUUUAUCAUCAAGUAUUGCCUUUGGUCUUUUCGAAAUUAUUUACUGGCUGGUGCCGAAUAAAAAGAUGAGUUUUAAAACAACAUGGCGUGGUGCGUUGACAGCUGCUGUGACCAUAGAAAUAUUCAUCAUCUUAUUUCCUCUCUACGUACGGCAGUUUAUGAGUAAUUAUGCUGGCCAAAUCGGUUUCGCUGUGAUUCUUAUUCUUUUCUUUUAUUACUUUGCAAUUAUUCUUAUCAUUGGUGCGCAAAUCAAUGCGUACUAUGUUGAACACUACAAACCACUACCUGAUCCACUUGGAACAUAUUUAAGUAAAUUAUACGGCGAGCAUACGGAACAGGAUAGACAUGGAUGUUUUUGUCGUAAACGACAAGAGGUUGAACCGCAAUCACUAGAAGAACCGCGGGUUUAG